AUGGACGUCUAUCGACCGAUCGGAUCGAUCGAUAUCGACAUGUGGGCGAGACUCUCGGUUGGUGGCUGCGGACGAACAUAUCGACAGAUUUCAUCGAUCGGUAUCGACUGGAGAGACGUGUACGACUCUCGACAAGAGGGUGUCGCUCCGGGCGCCGCGCGUGUGCCGACAUUCCUCGACAUCCUCGCGCACUGGAUCGAGGAGCGCGCGCCGGCGCUCACUACAUGGUGUCCGUGGAAGUCAAACAAACACCACACGAUCCGUCGAUCGAUAAGUUAA